AGCAAGCUGCCCGUCUCCCAACUCUCUCCCCUUCUUCCCUCCUCUCCUUUCAGGAGCCGCCACCCCGCCUGCCUCUCUCCACCUCCUCCUCCUCUUUCUGCUCUGCAAUCAGGGGAAUAAAUCAGGGACGGACGCUCACACACACACGCGGAGUAGGAUCUGUUACAAAAGUAGCGCUGAUGGCGGCGGAUCAGACGAAGCUGGAGCUGCUGCUGGAGUAGCAGAGAGUGGAGUAUCUUUCGCUCUCUCCCUUUUCUCUAUUUCGUCUCGUUCCCCACUCCACCCACAGAUCUCCAUCGUUUCUCCUCCUCCUCCCCACCCUCGGCCGCGCUCUCGCUUCUCCGCGCAUCUUUGGGCUGCGCCUCCUGCGAGGGGGCGGGUGGGGGGGGGAGCGGAGGAGGCUUUAAAGAACGACGGCCCCCCCGCACCGCCACACACACGAUAAUUGAAUUUAUUAUUAUUGCCGUCUCGCCGACUUGGGAAAGGGGGAUCGAUCUUCGAUCAGGAAGAUGGCUGCUGGCUGGCUGCUGGUCUUUAGCCUGACACUUUUCCAGUCCCUGGUGAUGAACCACUCCUCGGAGGGACCGUUCCCCUCGGCCACCACGAUAAAAUCAUGGGUAGAUAAGAUGCAAGAAGAUCUUGUAACACUGGCACGAACCGCAAGCGGAGUGGAACAGCUUGCUAAGAUUUAUAAGGAUAACAAAGCUUUGUAUGAUGUAGAGGCAAACAACCCUCGUCAGCUAGUGGAAAUUGCAGCCAGAGACAUUGAAAAACUUCUAAGUAACAGGUCUAAAGCCUUGGUGCGUCUUGCUAAAGAAGCAGAGAAGUACCAAGCAUCACAUCAGUGGAGGGAUGAGUUUGGGAAUAAUGAUAUAAUCUAUUACAAUGCAAAAGAUGAUCAGAAUGAUCCUGAAAAGAAUGACACUGAAUCUGGCAGCCAGAGAAUCAGACCGGUAUUUGAAGAUGAUCCUGUUUUCCGACGGCAAACGUCUUACCAACAUGCAGCAGUCCACAUACCAACAGAUAUUUAUGAAGGCUCAACCAUAGUGUUAAAUGAACUCAACUGGACAGCAGCGUUGGAUGAUGUGUUCAAGAGGAACAGAGAAGAAGACCCCACUUUAUUAUGGCAGGUUUUUGGUAGUGCAACUGGCCUCGCAAGGUAUUACCCAGCUUCCCCAUGGGUAGAUAAAAGCCGAACUCCUAACAAAAUAGAUCUGUAUGAUGUACGCAGAAGACCAUGGUAUAUUCAAGGAGCUGCAUCUCCCAAAGACAUGCUUAUUUUAGUUGAUGCGAGUGGGAGUGUCAGUGGAUUGACACUGAAGCUGAUCCGCACCUCGGUCAUUGAGAUGUUAGAGACGUUGUCUGACGAUGACUUUGUGAAUGUAGUUUCAUUUAAUAAUAAUGCUCAGAACGUCAGUUGCUUUAAUCAUCUUGUCCAAGCUAAUGUGAGGAACAAGAAGAAACUGAAAGAAGCUGUGUAUAAAAUUUCUGCUAAAGGAAUUACAGAUUACAAAAAAGGCUUUAGCUACGCUUUUGAACAGCUGCUAAAUCACAGUGUCUCCAGAGCUAACUGCAAUAAGAUUAUUAUGUUGUUUACGGAUGGUGGUGAAGAAAGAGCACAAGAAAUUUUUCAUAAAUAUAAUGAAGACAAAAAAGUACGUGUAUUCACAUUUUCUGUUGGUCAACAUAAUUACGACAAAGGACCCAUACAGUGGAUGGCCUGUGAAAAUAAAGGUUAUUAUUAUGAAAUUCCAUCUAUUGGAGCCAUAAGAAUAAACACCCAGGAAUAUCUGGAUGUUUUGGGAAGACCGAUGGUUUUAGCUGGAGAGAAGGCCAAACAAGUCCAAUGGACAAAUGUCUAUCUGGAUGCUCUGGAGCUGGGCCUUGUGAUUACAGGAACUCUACCCGUCUUCAAUCUAACAAGGGAACAAAAUGGGAAAAUUAAUCAACUGAUUCUUGGAGUAAUGGGGGUCGAUGUCUCUUUGGAGGACAUAAAAAAACUGACACCCCGAUUUACGCUUUGUCCAAACGGUUACUAUUUUGCCAUUGAUCCUAAUGGGUAUGUGCUUCUGCAUCCAAAUCUCCAACCAAAGAAUCCUAAAUCCCAGGAGCCUGUUACUCUGGAUUUUCUAGAUGCUGAAUUGGAAAAUGAUAUUAAAGUUGAGAUUCGGAAAAAAAUGAUAGAUGGAGAAAGUGGAGAAAAAACUUUUGAAACACUGGUCAAGUCCCAAGAUGAGAGGUAUAUUGAUAAAGGAAACAGAACAUAUACUUGGACUGCUGUGAAUGGCACUGAUUACAGCUUGGCAUUGGUGUUACCAUCAUACAGCUUUUAUUAUAUUAAAGCCAAAAUAGAAGAACCAAUAACUCAAGCCAAAUUUACAGAAACACUGAAGCUUGAUCAUUUUGAUGAAGCUGGCUAUACGUUUAUAGCACCAAGAGAAUACUGUAAUGAUGUAAAAAAAUCAGAAAACAACACUGAAUUUCUAUUAAAUUUCAAUGAAUUUAUUGACAGAAAUACUCCAAACAGUUCAUCAUGUAAUACCGACAUGGUCAUUAGAGUUUUGCUCGAUGCAGGAUUUACGAAUGAACUUGCCCAACAUUAUUGGAGUAAACUAUCUCUUGAUGGAGUUGUUGCACAAUUUGUUGUUACAGACGGUGGAAUUACUAGAGUAUUCCCCAAAAGGGCAGGAGAAGACUGGUUGGAAAAUGCUGAAACUUAUGAAGUCAGCUUCUAUAAAAGGAGUUUAGAUAAUAACAACUAUAUUUUCACAGCUCCAUACUACAACAAAAGUGGUGCCAAUAGCUAUGAAUCAGGUAUUAUGGUAAGCAAGGCUGUGGAAAUAGACAUUAAUGGAAAACAUCUGAAGCCAGCAGUUGUUGGAAUAAAAAUUGAUGCAACCAGCUGGAUGGAAAAUUUCACAAAAACCACAAUCAAGAGCCUGUGCAACAGUGAAAUCUGUGGCUGUGAGAGAAAUAGCAUGCAUGUGGACUGUGUUAUCCUUGACGAUGGUGGAUUUCUUUUGAUGUCAAAUCGAGAUGAAUAUACACAACAGAUUGGAAGAUUCUUUGGUGAGAUUGAUCCUGGCCUGAUGCGAAACCUGAUUAACAUGUCCCUAUAUGCCUUCAACAAGUCAUAUGACUACCAAUCAGUCUGUGAUCCCGAAGAAGAACCAAAGCAAGGAGCUGGACUUCGUUCUGCUUAUGUGCCUACGAUAACAGAUAUUUUGCAACUAGGAUGGUGGGCUUCAGCAGCUGCCUGGUCUAUCUUACAGCAGCUGUUUUUGAGCUUGACUUUUCCACGGUUCCUUGAAGCAGCUGAUAUGGAAGAUGAUGAUUUCGGUGCUGCUCUGCCUAAAACAAGCUGCAUCACUGAGCAAACUCAGUAUUUCUUCGAAAACGAUGAUAAAUCCUUUGGUGGGAUUGUAGACUGUAUAAACUGCUCCAGACUUUAUCAUGCAGAGAAGAUUUCAAACACCAAUCUAGUAUUCAUUAUUAGUGACAGCCAACUGCUGUGCCGCUCCUGUGACCCAAAGCCACUGAUGCAAGCAGAGAAGCCGGAUGAGGGGCCAAAUCCUUGUGAAAUGGUCAAACAACCUCGAUACAGAAAGGGUCCCGAUGUCUGCUUUGAUGAAGCCAAACAGGAAGAUUCAGCUGACUGCGGUGGUGCCUCUGGUCUGAGUCCAUCACUGUGGUCCAUGGUAGGAAUUCAGCUGGUCCUGCUUUGGCUGUUAUCUGGCAGCAGACACUGCCAGUUAUGACCUUGCUAAACCAAAACCUGCAUAACUUAAUCAAGAGCCGGCCAAAACGAUAGCCUCAGUUUCAUUUUAGAAGGGGUCAGCUAUUCAGACAGCAGCAGAACAGCAGUGCUCAUGUCUGGUGAUCAGUCGUUGUGAGACUCAUAAAGGCGCCCACGGUGGCUGCAUGUUGGAGUGUCGGAUCCUUAAACGUGUGUGAAUGCUGCAUCAUCUAUGCCAUUCGAGCAGACUUCUGUAUGUGCUCCAUUGGGGAAAUCUAAAUUAUUUUUUGUUUGUUUGUUUGUUGUUGUAAUCUUGAUGACUUCAUGUAAAAGGGCUCCCCUAAUAAUAGCUUACGUUUAUGAUUUUCAUUUCUUUUGAGCUUUGGAUAUCUUGAAGAUUUAUAUUCUUUUACAUGAACAGUUAUUUAAAAACAAAAAAAAAAAAAGAAAAAGGAAAAAAAAAAGAAAAUGUUGUCCCCAGUAUAUGUUACUAGCACCAUGAUGGCUGCUUUGAACAUCAGUUUUGUCCAAACUAGUUGAGUAAAAUGAAAAUAUUGGCCAGUUUUCCUUAGAAGUUCAGCAUGAUUGGAAUGUUUCAUGAUGAGCGGUUUAUUCUUCCGAAAUGAAUCAUGCAGCCAACUAAGUUUUGGUAGGUUGAUAAAUUGUAUGUAGGAAGGAAAGAAGGGAGGGAAGAAGAAAGGAAGAAGAAAGGAAGAAAAGGAGAAAACUACUGUGUUUCAAAAUACAAAGGUGCUGGAGAGUUUAACUAAAAAGUUAUUUUCAUUUUAAACUUGGUGUCAUCUUCUGUCAGAAAAAAUGUUAAUUUCAACAUAACACUCACCUCUUUUUCACAAUGCAGUUACAUAUAAAGCUAGUAGAAUCAUUCAAAGGCUGAAACAAAAAUGCUUGUGAAUAAAAAAUGUCUUUGUGAUAUUUGAACGUUGGUUUCCAAGGGUAUUUUGCAUGAUGAUGAUGCUAUGUUAUUGUUUUCAGUUUGUUUUCUUUGAUGGUAGAGUAUAGUUCACUGAAAAGGUAACUGAGUGAUUCUUUUAUUGUGUGAGAAACUGAACAUUGCAAUGUGUUGCAAUCAAAUCAUAUUAAAUUAUAUUAUGAAACAGAGCUCUGAAUAUACUGUGCAAUGAAAAAGCUGAGAAAAUAGGGUAAAUAUAGCUAUUGUAACAAAAGGGUUGAGUUGGAUUUUUUACGGAAUAGUGAUCUCACAUGAAAAUCUGUGUACAGAUAUUUUAAGUAUAUAAAAAUGAGAUUUAACGCAUUUAUUUUUGGAAGUAUAUGUUCUCUAAAGUUCAUAUCAGGUUCCCCCUUUGUUUCCUUCAUAUAAACCCCCCCUAAUAUUAAAACAACUGCUGUUGCUAUUUAUUACUGAAAAUAGCAUAUUUAACAGCAAAAUGUCCUGGUUGCUGUGAUUACAAAAAAUAUAAACAAAAGGGGAGCCUUGAAUCUAUAUGUAUGCAAAUUGAUACUUGAUUGUGAAUAAUAACUUUAGAAGUUGUUUUUAUACAACCUCAUUGGUGAUACAGGUUGGUGCAGUAAAUUACAAUAUUACAGUGUAGCAUAGUGUUGAUGCAAAAUAUGUUUUGCGCUUUUUUUUUCUAAGUUUUCAAAACUAAACAGUAUUGCAAGACAGCUAAACCAAUGAAUGUGCAACUCUGCUGGUAUUGUACAGUUCUGCUAACAACUGCAAUAUGCAAAUAUUAACAUGGCACAAUACACUAGCUCUUUAAAAAAAUUAUAGAAUGCAAAGCAUUGGUAUGUAUAUGCUGGCAAUUGAUUGAUAUAAUUUUGAUCAUGCCAAAAGCUUAAAAAAAUGAUUGGACAUGCAUUAAUAUCCUAUGAAAACUGAAGAAGCUCCUCAAAGCUGUGGCAUGGCUUGAAAGAUCAGACGUCUACUGUACUUGUACUCAUGGCUGGUUCAUUGUUUCUCAUGUACCUUGGCUCCAGCUGUGUAUUUUCUCAUGUUUGGGAACACAGUGAGUGAGGAAAAAUAAAUCCUGACCUUUUAUUCAGUGAUCAAAUUUAGCUUUUUAAAAAGAAUAUCUCCAAUAAUUUCAUGGAUGACUUCAAGUCCUCCUCAGGGAAGGUGAGCUAAUGUUGAUAAUAUGGGUGAAGAUAAACUUGGAGCUCUUCUUUUCAGUCGUAUUGCUGUACUUCUCUUCACCCUGUCACCAGUUACCACCUGAUGGAAAAAUUGGUUUAAGUGUUUUUAAUGCCAAGACUGCAUCCUGUAUUUUUCCUUGACGUGGUCAAUUCACAUUUUAUGGGAAGAACACGUUUUGUAGGAAUAGGCCAAUACUUACUGCAUUCAUAGCUCUUACUCUAAGGUUACUUAAAAUACACAUUUGUUUGCAUUUUGCUCUUUUAAUUUCUUGAAAGAUUGUUGGUAUAUUAAGUUCUCUAUAGUUUUCAUUUAGCUUCCCAAAAGAAACCCUUCAUGGACAAGUUACACUAUUUAACAUUGGCAAGGGUUGUGCUGGCAAGGCAUAUUUGAAGUUACUUAUUAAACUUUUUAUUAAAAUCUGUAGGCAUAAAGAGAGAAGGCACAAACUAAUGCUGUCACAAAAAAACGUCUGUGGGUCUUGCUCUCAACCCACUUCCAUUAAAUUACUCAAAUGCAAAAGGAGGGAGAAGCCCUUGCCAUGCAGACACAUAGCCCUCUUGGGUGAUCCAAAGAGGAAAAUGUCCUUUGUUCCUCUCCUCUGUCCCUCUAUACCUGGAGAAUAAUGUUUGUUAUAAACACUUAGCCUUCCAGUCACAAUACCCAUCUGAUUAAAAAUUCAGGAUCUGGCUCUCUGUCCCCAUAGAACUCAAUACUUUAAAAAAUAUUGGUUUAAAUACUUUAAAAUGUUAUAUUAGAAUAUCCAAGUGAUGGUCAAGAUUUUUUUAAAAUACACUACUCUGAUAUCUUCAAAUUGCAAAACACAGAUAGAAAAUGCAAUGUGAACUUUGGCUAUCACAAAAUGUGAACACCAGUCGAUAGAAAUAACUCACAUAAAUAAAUACAAAUUCUCAUGCAGAAGGGUGUCCUUACUCUUACGUAACGCAUCAUAGUUGUCUUGCCUUUGAAAGAAGAAACUUGAUCUUAGGCUUUAAAUUGAGAUAUUUUCAAAUUACAAUAUAUUGUAAAAAAUUAUAAGCCAGAUAAAAAGCUCUGUUGAUGUUUGCUCAAAUCCUUUAAAUGGCAUUAAGGGAACUGUUGGGAUUAGUUCUGUUUACACAGAAGUCAUGCAGCGUAUUGUAUGUCUGAAAAAUAACCACCAUUAAAGUUGUUACAGCAUGGUACUGUGCAAAACAUGAUUUGAGGACUUAACAUGAAAGGUUUCUUUUUUAGUUUUUCAUUUAAACAACCAGCAUUACUGCCAAAACACUGACCGUGGUCCAUAUUUGUAACAGGUUUUUAACAUAACAUAGCAGGUUUGAUUGACAAGAUUUUUAGGUCCUGUACCUUUAAGAUUUUAGUAUGAACUUUUUCAUGUUUCUAAUGCUUGAGGCUUUACUGCUUAACUUGACAAAAACAACAAUGUUGCUGCCAUUUGUAAGUUUUCCUACAAUAUUCCUUUUACUAACUUAAAAACUGGCCUUACUGGUUUCAAAUAGGCAGUAUCCCUUUUAAGUGACCUUCGCAACCCAAGUGUUACUUGCUGUGGUUGAGAGUGUUUUGGUGUCACUGAAGAGACAUUAAGACCUUUUGUUCCCAUUAACAUAUAAGCUCAGAAAACUUGCUUCGUAAGAAUUCCAAAACACCACCUCAGUCCCAUUGAACCUUAAAAUUUAAAACACUGGUUAUUAAGAAAUAUAUUAAUGCCUACAAGGCACUGCAAUGCACUCUGGUGUUUUUGGAAUGUUGACUGAACAUGAAAUCUUAAUAACUCCUUCCUUAGGAUAAAUUUUACCCUAUCUUCAUCAGACAUUCAAGCCUUUAGAAAAGGCCAGAUUUAUUAUUAUUUUGUUCAUACCACAAUGUUAAUAUUGUUAAUACUCAUUGUACACUACUGUAAAAUAUUAAAACAAAGUGUCUGAAAACAAUUCAAGAGUUUUGAAAAGUUAGCCUCACCCUCUUCCCAGCUACUUGCAUCUCUCCUGUUUAUGAUUUAAAAGGAAAACAUCAUCUUGAAGAUAUAUUUCACUGAGGCUAAAGGGAUACUGUCUUGUUCAGACGCCAUGAAAUUGCGAUUGUGAUCUGACAAAGCUGUCUUCUCUUCUUGUGUUGUAUGGAAUGUCUGGAUCAUGCUUUCUGGGAUAUUUUUAUUGAAAUGCUCAGUGUGCGUUUCUGCAGAAAAAGACUUGGUUGCUCUUACAAGGCAAGCAGGUCUUUCUCCGUUUUCUUGUGUUCUCUUGACACUUUUGUGGAACUUGACAAGCCUGGAAAAAUAAUUUUUUGUAAAAAUUUGUACAAUAAUGAUAUAAAAAGUUUAUAAUCCUAGAACUGUUGUGUUAAUUAUUGUGCAAAAACAGUAUAUUCAGAAUAAAAGUUUAUCAUUUAAAGUCAA